AUGUCCGCGAAUCCGCCGGGUGCGAUAGCCGCCUCCAAGUCAACCACCACCGCGGCUCAACUAUCACCUCAAGCACAAUCCGGCUCGUCGUCUGCUGGCGACAGCUACGGUCAGCGUCGCGCCGGCGGUUCUGGCAGUUUCGGCGCGGGAGCAGCGUCGCGAGCCUACCCCUCGCCUCGCCACAACCAGGCCUCGAAGAGGAAGCACAAGUCCGCUAAACGCCCUGGGUUGGGGAAUGAGGAUGCCAUUGCGGAAGCUGUCGCCAUGCGUUCCACCGGUAGCCGCAAGGGCCAGACUUCCAUCACCCAUCUGAUGAACUUCAGUCUGCCUCCGCGCCCCCAGAACCAUUUUCACGGUCACGGUCGUUCUUAUAGGAGAAAUCCAGCAUGGGGUCCGGGCUCGGGCUACCAUGCGGUGGACAAGGCGAGAUAUGUCCACGCGAAUUACCGCUUCAUUGUCGACCCUCGUGGUGACUAUGAAAAGCAAGCCAUUGAUGCGGAUGUCCACCUGGACUGGAACAAUGUCCUACAGGUUCUGGCGUCUGCUCAAUCGCAGUCUGCUUCCUGCCCAAUUUGUUUGGAGACACCUGUCGCCCCCCGGAUGGCGAGAUGUGGCCACAUCUUUUGCCUGCCAUGCCUGAUUCGGUUCAUGCAUGCUGAGGCUGAAACCAAGCUCCCGGAGAAGAAGGCGAAGUCGAAAAAAUGUCCGAUUUGCGAAGACAACAUCUACAUGUCCGAUACUAGACCUACGCGAUUUUACGUUGGACAAGAAGGCGAGCCUCCUCGGGAGGGUGCCGACGUCGUGCUGCGAUUGGUUAUGCGAUCCUCUGGCAGCAUGCUUGCCCUACCCAGAGAUGGCGCAGAUGCUCUGCCGAAAGGUGAAGAGAUCCCUUGGUACAUAGCUGCUGAGGUCAUGGACUACGCCCGGAUCAUGAAGGGUAGUGAGGAUUACAUGACCGAGCAGUUGGAAGAUGACAUUCGAGAGAUUGAACGUCAGGCCAGAGAGGACGAGGUUAUGUUUGGUGAAGACAAUAUGGAGUGGACCCGGAAGGCUAUCAGAAUGAUCAAGGAGACAAAAGAGAAAAUGAAAGGUAUUGGAAAUCCUCCUACGUCUGCCACAAAGCCGCCAGAGAAUAAGUCAAAGAAGCCUGGUGCAGCAGCGGAGGAACCGAACGCCGACACAUUUCUUGCUGCUUCUACAGCUUCGAAUCCCGAGCAAACACCAGCCAAUGAGGAAGACCGUGGACCGGGGGAAACGACAGUGCAACCUAGCGGCGAUGUUACUGAGCAAGCUUCUCUGGACAAACCCAGCGAACAGCAGUCGGCGGGUACGAGCAACCUCUCCAAAUCCCUGGCCGAGUUCCGGAACCGUCAACCCGAUAAUCAGACACCAUCGGAAUAUUACUUUUACCAAGCCUUGCUUCACUACUAUCUCUCGCCCUUGGACAUUCGCAUUCUCAAAGUGGCAUUCGGCAAUUUUGCGUCUUUUCCUUCAACGAUCCUGCCAAGAGUAGAACGAGUGUCGACCGGUCACGUUGUAGAUGACGACUUGCGGAAGCGCACCAAAUACCUGGCGCAUUUGCCAUACGGUUGCGAAGUUGGCUUUCUAGAAUGCGACUGGACGGACACAGUCGCCCCAGAGGUUCUAGAGAAGUUCAAACCUGAGAUUGAACGAAGACGGAAACGAAAUCAUGACAAGGAGAUGAAGGAGGAGAAGGCGCGUGUGCGGGCAGAAAAAGAGGAGGACCAAAAGGCUUACGCGCAAGCUCGACGCAAGAGAAACAGCAUCUCCAAUACGCGCUUCACGGCCGACGAUUUCCAGCCCUUGGUACCUGGAGAUGUCUCGGGAUCUGUCGAGGCCGUCGAGGUUGACGACACUUCAUCGUCGCCUCCAUAUGCCCAACGCCAAGGUUCUGCCUUUGCGUCGCUUGCUUCUCCGUCGACAAGUCCAAGUGCGCCCCGAACAGUUUGGGGCACAACGGCUAUUCCGGGAUCAAGUCCGGCGGUGCAUGCGCCUACACACGAGCAUGAUGCGGAUGACGGUUGGCUCCAAGGGUGGGAGAAAGAUCUGCUCAGGGAGGAUGAGAUGAUCGCGCAGGCACAGGCUUUGUCUCUUGGGAACGGAGAGAGCUCAAGCGCUGGUGCGGGCGGUGGAGGAGGGGGAGGAGGAGGAAAGAAGAAGAAAAAGAAGAUAACGUUGAUGAGCACCAAUGCGCGGAGAGGAGCGUGA